ACAGGGCAGGGCCGUGCCGGGCUCUCAAGCUCAGAGCUUCUACUUCCUCCUCCGCCCAUUCCAGUGCUAGCCUCUGGCCUCACCAAUGGGCUGGCAAAAGAAAAAAUUCUUGAGUUUAAAGUCCAGCAGGUAAAGUUCCAGACCUAGGACUCCUGUGUUCCUUAUGAAGCAUCAAGACACAUGGCUAGAGCUGGUGGGAACCUCGGGGUCUGGGGGACUUUGGUGCUACUGGGUCUGUCCGGUUGCACCGUGGUCAGGGCGGCUGUUCCAAACCCAGUGAGAAACCUGAGGGUGGAAGCUCAGGACAGCAGCUCCAUCAGCCUGACCUGGGACGUCCCUGAGAACUCCUGCUCCUCCUCCUCCCGGGACCUCACCUACUGGGCCCAGUGCACUGCAGAUGGUGGCCAUAAUGAGACCUGGAACACAACAGACACCAGAGUCACUGUGGAUGGACUGUGUUCUGCCUCUUCAUAUGAGUGUUCUGUGUGGGUGGAAAGAGAUGGAGUCAUCAGCUCCAAGGUGACUCUCAGUCACUCCACAGGUGAGAGCGGACACUCUUGUCUUCUUUCUCCUUAACCAGAAGUGGUAAAAAGUGGUUGAGACGUGACAAGAGAAAUCUGCAGGCGUCAUGCCCCAGAGGGAAUAAAGUGGAAGCC